UCGAGGCUAUUAAGUAACGGAAGUGGGGAAGUAAACAAGAUGGCGGUGAUUUGGUGAUUUAAACGAGAAGUGGAAUUAUUCUUCAAUUAAAAGGUUAUCAUACUUUCUCUUUCAGUAAAUUUAACUUUUUCUCCGUGAAUGUUCGUAUAGAGCAACGAAAUAUUCCAUUAGUAUGAGAAUUGAUAAAUUGGGAAACAAUAAUCUAAAUAAAUAUCCAGAUUCCAAAAUGGAUCUUAGAACAAAUGCAAGUACAGAUGAUCUUCUUUCUUUGGAAGGUGGCAUUCAGUCACCUGACAGUACACCUGUACAGCAAGUCAAUAAUACACAAACAACUGAAUCUCCCUCAUCAAAUUUACAACAAUCACCUCUCACUCCAAAUCCAUCCAUAAGGAGAAAAUCUCAUUAUCCUUCUGAUUCCCUUCGACUAGAUCUUGAUGAAACAACUUGGAAACCUCAAAUUCAAGCUAGACAAGCUGUGAAAGAUAGAUUAAGAUUAAAUCUUCAAGCUAAAGCUGCUAAAGUAACUGCAGUUGUUCAAAGAGGCCGAAGUCCUGAAUUCAGAUUCAGAAUUAUUUUACUUUUGUUAUUUGCAAGCAUAAUAUCAUUAGUAACAUUUACUUGGUAUAUGUAUCAACAACAACGCCAUAUUUUGGAAUUUGGUGAUAAUAUUAAUUUUAAUGAUAUGAAAAGAUUAAUUAAACUUUUAAAGAAAGAUAAAAGAGAUUUAUUAGAAGUCCAGCUUGGAUUGGGUAUUCCCAAAACUUUAGGUCCUUAUGAUUGUCGAAUAUUGUUUCCUAAUAAUACUCUAAAAGUAUGCGAAGAAUGGAAAUACAGAGCUCGAAUGAAAAUAUCUCGUCCAACUCAUGUAGAUGAUUUUAGUUGUUAUGAAGUUCAGUGGGAAAGUUUAUCAAAAGAAACAGUUUUAAAAGAUUGUGUUAAUCUAGGUGAUGCCACAUGGUAUGGAAUGGGAGAAUUACAUCAAAUUUCUUGGCCUUUUAGCAGAAUCUCAAUUGACUCAAAACCUUUUGUUACGGGUGAUAUUUAUAAAGAUGAAUUUGGAAGUAUUCUAGAAAGAUAUUGGUUAUCAUCAGAUGGAGUUGCAAUCAAAGUUAAAUCCAAUAUACCAUUAUAUAUAAGUUUAAAAGAUAAUGAUACUAAACAGUUGUGUUUAGAAGCAAAACUUGGUGGAUUUCCUUAUCGUUUAAAUGAAACUGCCUUUCCCAAAUUAGAAUAUACAAUGUGUACUGGAUUGGAUAUUAAAUCUCUUCAUGAAUAUAUGAUUAGAGUUUUUUAUACACUUCCAACUAAUUUAACAAGUAUUAAAUUUCUUGAAGCUCCAAUUUGGACAACUGGUCCUCAUUUAGGGCCAACAUUAAAUGAAGAUUCUGUGCAAAAAUUUGCCAAUCAUAUUAGAGAGAUUGGACUUGAUGCUGGUUUUCUAAUUAUAGAUUCAAGAUGGCAGAGAGAGGAAGGAGAUUUAGAAUUUCAAAAUGAUACAUUUCCUAAUCCACAUGAUUUAAUUAGCAUUCUUCAUAAUAAAGGAUUUAAAGUGCUUUUAACUGUCCAACCUUAUACAUCUCUAGCUUCUAAGCAAUUUCAAAAUGGUACUGAUAACAGUUAUUUCAUUUCAGAUAAAGAACUGAAUGUUCCAUUAUUAACUCGUUGGAAUAAAAAAGUUUGUGCUAUUUUAGAUAUUACAAAUGAUGCUUCAGCACAAUGGAUGUUAUCAAAAUUAGAAACAAUUAGAAAUGAUUUAGAAGUUGAUGGAUUCUUUUUUACAGGUGGACAAUCAACUUUUCUUCCUAGAUCUUAUAAUUUUACUAAAUCUACUGAAGAUAACAUCAAUCCAGAUAUUUCUUUAUCAUCAUUUGUUAAUUUAAUAUCUAAUACAUCGCCUUUAAUAGGAUUAUCUGUAGGAUUUGAAACUCAAAAUAUUCCUGCAUUUAUAAGUCUUUCUCCAAGAACUCCCACAUGGGAUAACCAAACUGGAUUACAAAGUAUAAUUCCUAGUGUUUUAACUCUUGGUCUACUGGGAUAUCCUUUGGUAAAUCCUGGAUCUGUAGGUGGAGAUCUUUUACAUGUGAUUAAUGACACUAAGCCAGAAAAUGAACUAUAUAUUAGAUGGAUUCAAUUGACUGCCUUUAUGCCUGUUAUUCAGUUUUCAAUUGCUCCCACUAGAUAUAGUUUAGAUGUGAUAAAAAUUUCUAAAGCAUUAGUCUUACUUCGCAAAGAAAGGAUAUUACCAAUAAUGUCUGCAGCUCUUGAAGAAUAUAUGAUGACUGGAGCUCCUAUUAUUCGUCCAUUGUGGUGGAUGGCUCCUAAUGAUCCAAAUGCUCAUAAAGUUGGAAAUCAAUUUGCAGUAGGGAAUAAAAUAGUUGUAGCUCCCAUAUUAGAAAAAGGAAAGCAAGCAAGAGAUAUAUAUCUUCCUCCUGGUAUGUGGAGAGAUGAAGUAUUAGGAGAAACUAGAAGAGGUGGGAAGUGGAUUCAUAAUUAUACUGUUUUGAUUGAUAAAAUAGCAUAUUUUACUAAAACUACAGAUGAAAAUACAGUAAAAAUGGAAAUAUAAUUAUUAUUUAUAAAUUUUCUUAAAUAUUUAUAAGAGUUAUUUAAUAUACAUCUAUAUCUUAGAAAAAGAUAAGUGUCUUGAUAAAACUUGUGCCUUAAUAUUUUUUAAAUAUAAAACUUUCAGUUUAAUAUAUAGUUAAAAUAUUAAAGAUGUAAAAGAAUUUUUGAAUUUGGAUUAUCAAUCCAAUCUAUUAAAGAGCUCUAUUUUUAUCAAUAAAAAUAUUUACGAAGUUUUUCAAAAAACUUUUUAUGCAAUUUUCUUUGUCCAAUACUUGGGAAGUUUUUAAUAUAUUGUCACUUUUGGUAAUACUAAUUAAUUAAAAAUAUUUUAACUGAUAAAAUAAAGAGAGCAAAGCUUUGUAGUCAAGCUGACUUUAGAAUAUAGAUGCAAAUCAUUUAUUAACCCUUUGAUGAGUGGGUUUACCAAUGGAUCUGCCUCUCCUCUCAGAGUUAUUAGUUUUAAGAAAUGUAACACUUAGAAAAUUAAUAUCUCCUAAUUUUUUUUUUUAAUAAACUUGAUAAUAUUUCUUUCUUCCAGUUUGAUUGUGUUGAUAAACUCCUUAUUGAGAAGGAGAAGGCAAGUGUGAACAACUACUUGAAACCAUGUUUGUCUUCAUUCUAAAAAAAUUCUAUACUAAAUCUCAUGAAAUUUACAAAAACCAUAUGAAAAAAAAUUUUCUAAACCUGUCAAUAAAUGUUGGAAUGCUUCACAUUUGCCUGUAAAAUAUAUGAGCAUACUACAAUGAGACAAACCUGAAUAUAUAUAUAUAUAGUGUGUGUGCAUGUGCUUAUUCUGUACAGCCCACUACAUAUAUCAUGUAUAUUUACAGGAGUACUCAUCGGGGCUAAAGUUUAACAGCUUGAAUUUUUAUCUCAUUAUUUCAAUAUUGUAAUUUUAUUGAAUAUUUAUUUUUUCAUAUAAGAUCUUUUUCUAAAUUGCAUUCUAUUUCUAAUUUUUCUGUUUAAAGAGAAUGUUAUAAUUUUUUAU